UGACGGGGAGCGACUCGAAACGCUCAGCUGAGGGCUUGAAAAGACACGACACGCCCCGGAGUCUGACACAGCCUCGAUAUUUGUUCUCUCCUCCGCCAUCGCCGCUCUUUUCACCCACCACCGCCGACUUCUCCGCCGCAAAGCGAGCAGCGGACAGACCCUGAAGCGUUUCAACAGAAUCCGCGCACUAAGGAGAGCGAUAAGCGGACGGGCCACUUGGCGCGAAGCGCCCCUCGCAUACAAAAAGUUCAAAUUUCUUGCGCACUUUUCCACACCCACCCACCACUCUCUUUCCCUUUACCACCACAAUCAUGUCUCAGGCGGCAAAGGAGAACGCCGGCAGCGUGCAGGUGCUUGAGCAGCUGCUCAACAAGCUCUCUGUCUCCAAGACCGCAGACGAGGCCAAGGGCGCCUCGCAGGAGAUUGCCACGUUCAUUAAUGGCGACAUCCAGGAGGCCGACGCGCCCACCAAGGCCGUCGACAGCCUCAAGAAGAUGCUGAACAACAAGAAGGAUGCCAACGCCCGACAAAACGCCUGCGAGGCCAUCGCCACUAUUGCGAAGCACGGCGAGGUUUCGGCCGUUGUCGAGCCAUACCUCGUCCAGCUCCACCCCGCCGUCCUCGCCGCCGUGGGCGACAAGAUGGCCGCCGUCAAGGUCGCCGCGCAAGACGCCGCCCUCGCCAUCACCAAGGCCGUCAACGCCAACGCCGUCAAGCUCCUCAUUCCCAACUUCAUCAACUCGAUCCGAACUGCCCAAAAGUGGCCCGAAAAGAUGACCGACCUCGAGUGCAUCGAGGCCCUCACCGAGAGCGCCCCUGCACAGGCCGCAUACCGCGUCCCAGAGCUCAUUCCAAUUGUCUCUGAGGCCAUGUGGGACACCAAGCCAGAAGUCAAGAAGAAGGCAUACGGUACAAUGGAGAAGGUCUGCGCGCUCAUUGUCAACAAGGAUAUCGAGCGCUUCAUUCCUGAGCUCAUCAAGUGUAUCUCCAAGCCAGAGAACGUCCCAGAGACGAUUCACUUGCUCGGUGCCACCACUUUCGUCACCGAUGUCCACGAGCCAACCCUCGCCAUCAUGGUGCCUCUGCUCGAGCGUGGUCUCAAGGAGCGUGAGACUGCCAUCAAGCGUAAAUCCGCUGUCAUCAUUGACAACAUGUGCAAGCUCGUCGAGGACCCCAACAUUGUGGCCUCUUUCUUGCCAAAGCUGAUGCCACAAUUGAACCACAACCACGACAACAUGGCCGAUCCUGAGGCCCGUGAGAAGACGAAGCAGGCUCUUGAUACCCUCAUUCGUGUCGGUAACGUCAAGGACGGCAAGAUUCCAGAAGUCUCCCACGACUCUGACGUCGAGACUGUCCUCGCCAAGCUCAAGGACGUUCUCAGCUACAAGCACAAGGAUGUUGCUGAGAAGUUCGCCCCAGUCGUCGAGUUCAUCGCCGCCAUUGGUGGUCAACUCAUCGACGAGAAGGAGACUGAAUCCGUUGCCUGGUCAACACAGCUGCUACCAUACACCAGCGCCAUUGUUGGCGACGACGCUGCAGACAUCGUCGAGCAGCUCCGCAAGCGCUCGCUUCCAGGCGCUCUUGCCGAGGACGAGGUUGAGCCAGAUGAGGAGGAGGGCGUUGAUCUCUGUAACUGCACAUUCAACUUGGCCUACGGUGCCAAGAUUCUUCUCAACCAGACAUCUCUUCGCCUCAAGAAGGGCCAGCGAUACGGUCUUCUCGGACCCAACGGUUCUGGAAAGACCACCCUCAUGCGUGCCAUCAACAACGAGCAGGUCGAGGGUUUCCCUAAGCAGAGCGAGGUCAAGACUGUCUACGUCGAGCACGAUUUGGACUCUGACGACACUGAGAUGACUGUCAUCGAGUGGACCAUGAAGAAGCUGAAGGAGGCCAGCAUUGAUAUCCCAGAGGACGAGGUCCGCAAGACUUUGGACGAGUUCGGCUUCGUGCCUGAGCAGGUCAACGGUGUCAUCACUGCGCUCUCCGGUGGUUGGAAGAUGAAGCUUGCGCUCGCGCGUGCUGUCUUCUCCAAGCCUGACAUUCUCCUGCUCGAUGAGCCCACCAACCACUUGGACGUGAAGAACGUCAAGUGGCUCGAAGACUACCUGACAACCUCUCCUUGCACAUCGAUCAUCAUCUCCCACGACAGCAAGUUCCUUGACAACGUCAUCCAGCACGUCAUCCACUACGAGCGCUUCAAGCUGAAGCGUUACCGUGGCAAGCUCAGCGAGUUCGUCAAGCGUGUCCCAUCGGCCAAGUCUUACUACGAGCUCGGUGCAUCCGAGAUGGAGUUCAAGUUCCCAGAGCCAGGUUUCCUCGAGGGUGUCAAGACCAAGGCCAAGGCCAUCGUUCGUGUCAGCAACAUGUCCUUCCAAUACCCAGGCACACCAAAGCCACAGAUCCAGGACAUCACCUUCCAGUGUUCGCUCGGCUCUCGUAUUGCCGUCAUCGGUCCAAACGGUGCUGGCAAGUCUACUCUUGUCAACGUCCUGACUGGUGAACUCAUCCCCACCAGCGGUGAUGUCUACCAGCACGAGAACAUCCGUAUCGCCUACAUCAAGCAGCACGCUUUCGCCCACAUCGAUCACCACCUCGACAAGACUCCAUCUGAGUACAUUCAAUGGCGUUUCCAGACUGGUGAGGAUCGUGAGACUAUGGACCGUGCCAACAAGAUCGUCACCGAGGACGACGAGAAGGCCAUGGACAAGAUCUACAGAAUCGAAGGCUCGCAGCGUCGUGUCAUUGGUGUCCACUCGCGAAGAAAGUUCAAGAACUCCUACGAGUACGAGUGUUCUUUCGCUCUUGGUGACAACGUCGGCAUGAAGAACGAGAAGUGGACUCCUAUGAUGACUGCUGACAACGCCUGGAUCCCACGUAACGAGCUCAUCCAAUCUCACCAGAAGAUGGUUGCUGAGGUCGAUCAGAAGGAGGCUCUUGCCAGCGGUCAGUUCCGUCCUCUGGUCCGCAAGGAGAUUGAGGCUCACUGCACCAACUUCGGUCUCGAUGCUGAGCUCGUGUCCCACUCGCGUAUGCGUGGUCUCUCUGGUGGUCAACGUGUCAAGGUCGUGCUCGCCGCCUGCUCAUGGCAGCGUCCUCACUUGAUUGUUCUUGACGAGCCAACCAACUACCUCGACCGUGACUCUCUCGGUGCCCUGUCCAAGGCCAUCAAGUCCUUCGAGGGUGGUGUGAUCAUCAUUACCCACUCUGCCGAGUUCACCAAGGAUCUCACUGAGGAAGUCUGGGCUGUCAUGGACGGUCGCAUGACUCCAUCCGGUCACAACUGGGUGCAAGGUCAAGGUGCCGGUCCUCGGUUGGCCCAGGGUGGCGAUGACGAGGAGGAGAAGUUCGACGCCAUGGGUAACAAGAUCGAGAACACCAAGAAGGCCAAGAAGCUCACUGCCUCGGAGCUUCGCAAGAAGAAGAAGGACCGUAUGGCUCGCCGCAAGCGUGGUGAGGAGGUCUUCUCUGACGAGGAUGACUUCUAAGCUACAUGUUGUGCCUGCUCAUGUGGUGUCUUUUUGCAAGCGACGAAUAGCAUGGAGAAAGGCGUUCAGGGGUGUAUUUGGAUUGGCGUGAGCCUGGUUGACGAUGACGGAAAAAGCAAGAUUCCCUAUGACAUGAGAGGUUCUAGACGAUUAGAGUGCUACUAGAUAGAAAGAGUUCUCUCGAAGCAUUAUUGGUUCAACUUC